GGGGCGUAAAGGCAAAGCAGAGGAAUCGUCAAACUAGGCGGAAGAGCCACAUCCGCAAGUCAUUAUCUAUGAUCGCCUCCAUCAUUUCCAUGAUAGCGCACAGUCCACAGAGACGAGCGAAGAUUGUCAGAGACUCAAGUCACGGAACAGGACUCUCCCCGGAGGCGGACUGACGUCACGUUGUGGAUGAGGGGACGCGAUGGCUAUUGUACAUGCAGUCGAUAUUCCGGGCCAUGUCUAAAAAAGAAGCGCCAGCCCUUCCUGUAAUUCUGGAGAACAGAACUCCAUGCUGCGAAUCUCGGAAUCUCCGUGUCACCCAUCUCCACAUGCCAGAGCAUGGACUGUCGUAGCGCGGGCCCUCGUCGAGCCGUGGAUUAGACUAGACACGACCGGAAUCCGCAGCCCCGACCUCUCCCGGAUUCUCGUCCCCGGAGCCGUCGAUGCUCGCACGGAUUGCGCAUCGGCCGGGCGACACCGUCCGUCUUCCGUCGAUCUCCCGUGCCGUGGCCGACUCGGCAAGCGCCAUCGACGGACGAUCCAUGUUCGCCUGGUCGUCGGCCGGGCGCCUCUCGAACACACACACACGGACGGACCCAGCAGCGGCAACCAUGGUGGCCAAGAAGACGUGCCCUGCCACCGCGCCAUCAUGGCCGCUCGAGUUCGAGUUCGGAUUCAAGUUGGGAAGCCUCGUUUGGCACUUGGCGGAGAUUGGAACAUGUUCCUGAGGCGGGAUCGGGUUCGGCUUGCGCCUUACAACUUUGGAAUGGUCGACAUUGCGUUUUGUGAGUAUCUUCUUAACUUUGUUUGUUUGUUUCGCCGCCGCGAGGGCGGAGCGUGAACAUGAGCUCGUGGGCGAUGUACGUGGAAUAAAGCGAACUGAAGUUUAACUCUCGCAAAGCGAAGGAGAGUUGUGGAUUGGCUCCAUCCCGUCGUUCUUCACAUCUUGCGCGACGUAUGUCAGAGAGGGAGAUGGUCCGUGCCUUCCACAUCUACAGGGCAAGCUGGGGUACAGCCACUAGGCAAUCACUCUCGUUCGGACAAGAACGCUCGUGAAGUCUCUCCAGCUGCGAGGUUUCGGAGCGAGACAAAAAUCUCAGCCAAUACAAUGAUCCAACUGAACUCGGUUCGGUCUGGAUGGACAGAAUACUUGUAUCGUUUCAACUCUCGAACAAUUCCGGUGUCUAUCCUCAUGAGGCGUCGGGAAGAUCAAGGGGAAUGUAUCUAUAGUGGUCGCUUGUAACUGCAGUUUUGCGUUUCACACGGCGACAUUUGAGGGUGAUGCAACGACAAGUCUUUGACCCAGAUAAGAAAUACCAAGUACAGUAAUGUAGCCAAAGGGAUGGGGGAAGACCCCAUCAAGUCGUACAGGGAUGAAACCGAACGGGUAGGAUGGGGCUAGCCCCGAAUAGCAUCACCCAGAUUCAGGAGGCCCAUUCGAUUUGUAAUUGUACCACCAGAAGAACUCAUGACCUCCCUUCCCGGAAGUGCACUUUGUGGGGCCUGCACUACGACGGACGCGAGAAAGGUCAUGGUUAUGAGGCAGUUUUCCCGUGGGUGAAAGCGGCCACAUUUCAAGCCAUCGGGAUCGCAUCUUUCGGACCGAGCCUCCAGCGUAAAACGAGCCUGCGUUAAGCUGAAGAGGAACUCUCCGAGCAGACCUCAGCAGCAGAUCCACGUCCUCGACAUGGCCACGAAGAUAUUUCCAGUGAGCACUGCAAGAACCUAUAAUAUGUUGUUGGGGAUGUGUACCAGGUGAAAUAGACAGUAUAUUAACCAUGUAUAGGGUAUCUCCCUAGCUUCGUUUUGAGAAAGCAGAACAUCAGCCCCCACAACAAAUUAAUAUAAAAAGGCAUCUAACCAUAGAAUACAAGAGAAAAGGUGACAUGAAUAAUCUGAAAACAUGAUUCCAUCGAAUAAGAACACAAUGCAGGACGGAGCGAGAGAACCGAGCCUGAGGCAAGGCAAGGCAAGAAGAAUCACAGUUCAUUCCUGAUGUCAUCAAACCCAGAAACUCAUCGUAUAAGGGGGCGUGACUUGAUUUACUUUUUGCACGCAAACGGUUGUCAAGCUGACAUACUGCAGAUAUGGAAAAGUACUCCUUUGCAACAAACCUUCGACGAGGAGAUAUCUUGUCAUCUUGUUGCCAUCUCAUCAACACCAAUACGCACACGCACGGGUAACAUGAAGGUUGACACUAUUUAUUCCAUUCUAUCAUACUCAAUGAAUGUAGCGUGAUGUGUACACGUUGAUUUUUUCUUCU